AUGAUCAAAUGCAUCUCGACCGUCUAUUGUCGCCUGUUGGAUGAAGAUUCAUUGAUGGGCUCGUGGCUCGAUAAUCCUCCGGAAGGAAAUGAAGAAGCUUCCGGAACUUUCGAGAUAUGCGGCCUCUUACGGGACUCUGGGAAGAUGAAUUCUGUUCAGGACAUGUUACAUAGUCACAGAUCUUUGAUUUCUAAGCUGGCACAAGUUGAUCCUGGGAGAUUAAACCAUGAUGAGAGAUUAGCAUUUUGGAUUAAUGUUCACAAUGCAUUAGUUAUGCAUGCUGCAUAUAGCAUUGGAGGCCAUACCAUAAGUGUGGACACAAUACAGAGUUCCAUUUUAGGCUGCCGUUUGCCUCGUCCGACUUCGGUUCGUACGUACACUCCUAAGAAAGUGUCCCAAGAGCUAGAGAUGGCUAAAGAAUAUUACAUUCGAAUGAAUGUAAAGCUGCAUAAAGAACGAAGAUUGCGCGUCGUGCCAAAGAAAGUCGAGCAUUUUGUUAAGGAGAUUGGUGGAUUGUCUCAAUCAAGCAUAGAUCAAAUAGUCAUGCAUUCGAUGCACGACUCGAUUGAUGUUCGACUUUCCGGAAAGUUCUGGAAGAAAGUCGACUGGAUUCCGUACGAUUUCGCCUUUCGGAUUCUGCUAUCUAAUGAACUAGUUAGUUAUACUUAUAGGAUAAUGGGCCGGGCCAAGCUGAACAUGGAGUUCAUAACCAAAGAAAAAACCCGAAACACAACCUUCGCCAAGCGAAAAAAGGGCCUAAUCCGAAAGCUCGACGAGCUCACCAUCCUCUGUGACGUCAGCGCUUGCAUCAUCAUCUACGGGCCAAAAAACGAAACGGGCCUAUCCGAGCCCGACGUAUGGCCCACCAACCCUGACCAGGCCCACCGCAUAAUCCAGUCUUAUCGGGCCAAAAACAAUGAGUCUUCUUCAUCCUCCAAGACUUAUGGGCUGCACGACUUCUGGCUCGACCGCCUCAAAAAAGUCGAGGAUGAGCUGGCAAAACAGAGGAAAAAGAAUAUGGAGGCUCGAUAUCCCACGUGGCUCGAUUUCAUGGACUACAUGCCCGAAACCGGGCUUCGGGAUUUCGCGGCUGCCUUGGCCCGCAAGGCAGAGGAUGUUCGGUCGAGGAUCGAGUGCAUGAGGGGAGCCAAACAGGGCCUUAUUGAUUUGGGCUGCUAUUACACCGGCCCAACUAAUCAGUUCCAACAGUUUGGGUUUGGGCAAGGGAAUGGGCUUGGGUUUGGGCUUGGGAUUGGGCUUGGGAUUGGGCUUGUUCAGUAUCCUAAAGUGGAGGGUAAGGUGUUUGAAGAUAACGGGCUGUCUUUUUACGGGCCGGGCCAGGUGGGGCCUGUUUCAUUGCCGGCCUUGCCAGCUCAGCCGGCCGAGUCGAAUGGGUUCGGGCAGGAGGGUUUUGAUGGUUGGUGCCAGAUGAAUUAUGGUAGAGGAAGUUAUUAUGAGUAA